AUGCUGGCUGCAAGUGGGGCAUGCCUUCGCCUCAGGGCUGGGUGGCUCCUGGCCGAAGGGCAGCAGCUCUGUGCUCCUCUGCGCCGGCCCCUCGCACCCGGCAUGCCAGGCUCCGGGGCACGGACCUGCACAGGCCCCAACAGAGCAGCCGGAGUGGUGGGCUCAGUUGAGAAGAUAUCUAAAGUGCCUGCUGAUUACAAACCCUCAGCAUUUGACAAGAAAGUCCUUCUGUGGACUGGGCGCUUCAGGACAGAAGAUGACAUCCCUCCAAGGAUCCCGCGAGAGAUGCUAGAUGCUGCAAGGAACAAAGCUCGAAUAAAGGUCUGUUACAUCAUGAUUGGCCUCACAAUUGUGGCUUGCUUUGCAGUAAUUGCCUCAGCUAAAAGGGCUGCUGCCCGCCAUGAAUCGCUUACAAGCUUGAAUCUAGCAAAGAAAGCCAAGUGGCGUGAAGAAGCUGCAACAGCUGUAAAGUCAAAGUCUAAAUAG